AUGAAGAUCGGGAGGCAGGGCGCAGGUGCACCAGGCCUCCAGGAGUUCAUAUCUUUUGAGGAUGUUGCUCUGGACUUUACCUGGGAGGAGUGGAAGGACCUGGAAGAUACUCAGAAGAUUCUAUACAAGGAUGUGAUGCUGGAGACCUACAGCAACCUAAUGUUUUUGGGACAAUCCAUUGCCAAACCUGCAGUGAUCAUCAAGUUGGAGCAAGGAGGAGAUGCAUGGACAUUAGAAGAAAUUCCCAGCUUGAGCCUCCUAGGAGAGAAGCUCUAUAAGUGUAAACAAUGUAAGAAAACUCAGAAUUCAGACCUCACUAUACAUCAGAGAAAUCACAUAGGAGAUAAAUUCUAUGAAAAUAAAUGUUCUACAAGAAGUCGUACUUCACUGUGCAUCAGACAACUCACACUGGAGAGAAAUCCUAUGAAUGUGAGGAAUGUAGAAAACCCUUCAGUCCCAAGAAAGAAAACCUACGAAUGUGAACAAUGUCGGAAAAUGUGCUCCCAGAAGUCACAUCUCACUGAGCAUCAGAGAAUUCACACAGGAGAAAAACCCUUUGAAUGUGAACAGUGUGGGAAUGCAUUCUCCAGCAAGGGAUACCUCACUGUACAUAAGAGGACUCACACAGGAAAUAAGCCUUAUGAAUGUGAGCAAUGUAGGAAAAUGUUCUCCUGGAAGUCAGAUCUCACUAAGCAUUGGAGAACACACACAGAAGAAAAACUCUAUGAAUGUGAACAAUGUAAUAAAAUGUUCUCCCAGAAGUCACAUCUCACUAAGCAUCAGAGAACAAACACAGGAGAAAAACCCUUUGAAUGCGAACGAUGUGGGAAAACAUUCUCCAGCAAGGAGUACCUCACUGUACAUAAGAGAACUCACACAGGAGAGAAGCCCUAUGAAUGUGAACAAUGUAGGAAAAUGUUCUGUAAGAAGCAGUACCUCACUGUGCAUAGUAGAAUUCAUACAGGAGAAAAGCCCUAUGAAUGUGAACAAUGCAAUAAAAUGUUCUCCUGGAAGUCAGAUCUCACUAAGCAUUGGAGAACGCACACAGGAGAAAAACCCUAUGAGUGUGAACAAUGUAGGAAAAUGUUCUCCUGCAAGUCAAGUCUCACUAAGCUGGCAGGAGAGAAGCCAUAUAAAUGUGAACAUUGUAGGAAAAUGUUCUCCAGGAAGUCAGCACUCACUGUACAUCAGAGAACUCAGACAGGAGAGAAACCCUAUGAUUGUGAACAGUGUAAUACAACUUUUACCUGA